AUAGAAUAGCGCGGCUUUAAAACGCGUCGCAUCUAGCUCAUUUGAAAUACGCUCUGGUUCUAACGGUCAGGUUGUUCAAGCCUCACGCUUAUAUAUUUGCUAACUGCUCUUGAUUUCCCUCAUCAUUGGAUGCAAGGGCAUUUUUAGUCGUUGGCUCACUUUAUUUCAUUGUUUUCUCUUCCAAAUCCCACUUUAAUAUAGUAAAAGUACCUUCGUGCCAGAGGUGAACAUACUGGAGGCUUGAAGUCGCACGUAUUUUGGUCACAUGUUGAAGCAGAAAGAAGAUGUACUUCUCAUGGUUAAGCAUGUACGGUAUAAGAAAGUGGAUGGGACCCUGUAUGUUAACUCAGGAAGAGUGGCUUGGCGUAACCAAACAUCUGAUAGUUUUCGCAUCAGUGCUAAAUUUGAAGAUAUUAGAAUACAGCGUAUUAGUCCGGACCAAAAGGAAAAAGUUCAGCUCCAGUUAUUAAUGCAUAGUGGGGAGUCUUUCACCUUCCAGUUUUCGGAUCCUGGAGGCAGGGAGAAGCAGCUUGAAAUGCGUAACAACGUGAAAGCAAUGCUACAAAACUUGCUACCCAAAUUUAAAGACAAGGCUCAAGCCGAAUUAAAGGAAAAAUUUCGACUCCUCGAAUCAAACCCUGAGAUUUUGGCCUUAUACAAAGAAUUAGUUGUUAGUGGUAUACUUAGCUCGGAAGAGUUUUGGGCUCGACCAGAAUUUUCUCAUAAUAACUUUAAUUCAUCCCAGUGUUUGAAUAAUUCCACAGCUAAUAACAAAGCUUCUGGAACUACUGGGACAUCAGAAGCAGUUCCUAACAAUGCAAAUGUGUUAUCUCAUAAUAAUCCAUCAAAUGGUCCUACUAGUCAGAUUUCACGAAGUUUCCAGUUAGACGACCGACCUCAAGUUAUUGGAGUCCCCAGUUGUCUUUUGAGCGAUAUCAAGCCUGAAGCAGAUGGUGCCAAUGGAAUAAAAUACAACCUUACUCACGAAACAAUCAAUGCAAUAUUCCGAGCCUACCCUACUGUACGUGAUAAACAUCGAGAAAUGGUCCCUGAUAAAUUAUCUGAAGCUGACUUCUGGAUAAAGUUUUUUCAGUCUCAUUAUUUCCACCGUGACCGUGUUCACCUUCCGAAAAAUGAUAUAUUUGCUGAUUGCGCUGGUAUUGAUGAUAAACUUUUACUCAGUGAUAUACGGAAAUCAAGAGUCAACCGAAAUAAUGUCCAUCUUGAUUUACCUAAUCUUACCGAUUACGAUAUAGGACAAGGUUAUGGAAUCGAUCAAAUAUCUGAUCCGACAAAAAUAAAGUCAGCUGACUCAGUCUCGAAUCAGAGUGGAGAGAAUACAUUGAACGAACCUGCAAUCCCGAGCAAUUUAUCCGCAAAUCAGUUGUUACUUCGUCGUUUCAACAAUCAUUCGAUACUCGUUUUGAAAUCUCUUAGUUCAAAUGACGCAUCUUCAUCAACUAAUAAUGCAUCUCAAAAUUCAAAAGAUGUGCUUAACUCUUGUCCUUUAAAAGACCGCGUGUACGUUAAAGAGCUGGUAGAAGAUCAAAAUCCUACAGAAAUCCAGUUAGACCUAACUUGUGUAACUGACUAUCUGGAGGGUCCUACCCCUAGCAUAGCUGGUAAAGCUACAAAGUUAAUGGAUCCAUUAUCAGUUACCCGGCAAACAGAUACUUCGUUUUAUGGAUUACAACUAGAGCAGUCAGUAAAGAAAUGUAAGAAUUUGAUGGUAGCUGCUUAUCACAUGGGGAAAAAGCCAAGCGUAUCACUUUUAACUGCACUUGAAUCUCAACAAGCAUUAGCAGAUGUCUCACCUGGUGGUUGUCUCAUCGGUGGUAAACUUAAUAGUGAACGUACGAAACCAUGUGACUUAACUAGUGAUCAAUCAUCCUUACGUUUGUUCGAACCAGGGAGAAACAGUCGUAUUUCGAACUCUCCGAAAGUCUCUGAUGAACACCAUGCUGGUGACGAUGUCGAUCGUGGCCCGCCACUACUCACACCAGAACAGGUUAAAGAUUUGUCACUUUUAUAUUCUAGUGCCGCUGAACUCUUAAGACACUUCUGGGCAUGUUUCCCCGUAACAACCCCACAACUAGCUGAUAAGUUAGAUCGUGUUGCUGCCAGUCUCGUUCGUUUUCGUACAACCAAGGUAGCCCACUUCGCCGCUGGUGUUGAUCCAUCUUUGAGGACUAAGUCAGACACAUAUUCUUCUGAUUCAUCCGAGCAUCUACCUAACACAGGAAAUUCUGGGCCUAUUUCUUACCGUUCAAGUGUGACUAGUCACCUGGAAUCGAUGCUGGACUCCGCUCAAAAGAAGUAUUCUGAAUGGAAAACUCGGCAUUCGUAAUAAUGUAAAUAUCUGUACAGAUCAAAUUUUUUAAGAAUUUUGUUUGAAAUUUUCUAUCUCCAUUCCUGGUAAUUCACUACUCUAAAUAAUUAGUUUCGUAACACCAUACUAAACUGUAUAUAUUUACUCUUCGGAUAUUAUUUGAAAAAUGAAUUGAGAAAUUUUUCGU